AUGGCGGCAGUGCUCUGCAGGCAGUGCCUCCCUCAGUCGUUGCUCUGCAGGAGAGAGAGGCAGGACUGCGGCCGGCACUACCGCGCUGUGAUUUGCGCAGAGCUGAAGAAGCCCCUGACCGUUGAAGAGGUGGACCCCCGCCCCGUCAGGCCUUACGAGGUCACAGUUGAUGUCCAUUUCUGUGGAGUUAACUUUGCUCAUAUUUUGGUCUGCCGUGGUGAAUAUUAGGAAAGGCCCCAUCUUCCCUUCAUACCUGGAAUGGAGUUUUCUGGGACAGGAUUGGAGACAGACACAGAUGUCAGCACAGUUAAAGAGGGAGAUAGAGUUAUUGGCAUAAGAAACUUUAAAUGUAUGGCUGAAGAAUGUGUCACUGAUCAGAAGAACCUGUGGCAGAUUCCAGAAAAGUUCUCCCUACAAGAAGCUGCUGUCCUCCAUUUAUCUUAUGGCACUGCUAUUUUUGCUCUUGAGCAUCGGCAUACCCAACCUGGAGAAAUUGUUUUAGUGACGGCAGCAGCUGGAGCCACAGGCCUUGCAGUGAUAGAUGUGGCAACAAAUGCUCUUCAGGCCAAGGUAAUAGCUGCUGCUGGAAGUGGCGAGAAGUGCAACCUGGUGAUGCAGAGGGGCACACAGUUCAGCGUGAACUAUAGUCAGAGCAGCCUGAAGGAUGCAGUGAAGAAACUGGUGGGCGAGGGUGGGAUGAAUGUGGCCAUCAACAUGGUGGGAGGAGACGUCUUCCUGGAGGCUCUCCACAGCCUGGCAUGGGAGGGCAGUAUUGCAGUGGUGGGAUUUGCUGGAGGGAGCAUUGUUUCGGUGCCAGCCAACCUUCUGCUCCUGAAGAAGGUCUCUGCGAUGGGCCUGUACUAUGGUCAAUACAAAGAAAUGAACUUUCCUGUCUUCUCCAGGAGCCUGUCUUCAGUGCUUCAGUACUGCCAACAAGGGCGCAUCCAACCAUAUGUUGGAAUGGUUUUCAAGCUGGAGGAGGUCAGUGAUGCCUUCCUUCAUGUGAUACAGGGGAAAUCCAUGGGCAAGGUGCUUCUUGCUGUUAAAUAA